GCAACCUCGGCGCGGUCACAGGGCAGUGUCGGGAGUGGGCGUCAAAAUCCGUCUCCCCCCCCUCCUUAUCUCAAAUCCGACUCACGUUUUCAAUCGCUACACAAGCGAGAGUCCGCUCAGUUCGCGAAAUCUCGCCCCGGGGUUAAAGAUGACGGAAAGCGCCGCGACGAAGCUGUUGAACGGCGACGCCUGCCGCCGGACGCUGAAUAGGAAAAGCCCGAGUAAAAAUGGCUACGUGAAGAACCACUGUCUAUUCCAGCAGUCACAGAAGUGCCGUCGCUCCGGGGACAAGCUUUCCUUUCUUGUUCCCCAGAGGCAAAAUGCCACUCACAAUCCCAGUUUGUACAAGAAGCCCUUCGUGGAGUCGUUCGAGGAGACGCCUCUGCUGGUGGCCGUGCUCACCUACAUGGGCUACGGCAUCCUCACCGUCUUCGGCUACCUCAGAGACUUCCUCCGCCACUGGAACAUCGAGAAGUGCCACGUGGCGAGAGAGAGAGACGAGCAGAAGGAUUUUGUCCCCCUCUACCAGGACUUCGAAAACUUCUACACCAGGAACCUGUACAUGAGGAUCCGGGACAACUGGAACCGCCCCAUCUGCAGCGUCCCCGGAGCCAAGAUGGACCUCGUGGAGAGAGUCACCCACAACUACAACUGGACGUUCGAGCACACCGGCAAGGUGGUGAAGGACGUCAUCAAUAUGGGGUCGUACAACUACCUGGGCUUUGCUGAGAACACCGGCACUUGUGCUGAUGCUGCCAUUGAAACCACACAGAAGUAUGGCGUCGGAGUGGGAAGCACCCGCUCUGAGAUGGGCAACCUGGAUAUCCACGAGGAGAUGGAAGAGUUGGUUGCCAGAUUUCUGGGCGUCGAGUCGUCCAUGACCUUCGGAAUGGGCUUCGCAACCAACUCCAUGAACAUUCCUGCUCUCACUGGGAAGGGUUGUCUCAUCCUAAGCGACGAGCUGAACCACGCCUCUCUGGUGCUGGGCGCGCGGCUGUCGGGCUCUACAAUCCGAGUCUUCAAACACAACAACAUGCAAAGCCUCGAGAAGCUGCUGAGAGAUGCUAUUGUGCAUGGGCAGCCCAGAACCCACAGACCCUGGAAGAAGAUUCUUAUUGUAGUGGAGGGCAUUUACAGCAUGGAGGGGUCCAUCGUGCGUCUGCCUGAGGUCAUCGCCCUGAAGAAGCGCUACAAGGCGUACCUGUACCUGGACGAGGCUCACAGCAUCGGUGCUCUGGGACCCGGCGGCAGAGGCGUCGUGGACUACUUCGGCCUGGAUCCCAAGGACGUUGACAUCAUGAUGGGAACGUUCACAAAGAGCUUCGGGGCGGCUGGCGGAUACAUUGGAGGCAAAAAGGAGCUGAUCGACUACCUGCGCAGCUACUCUCACAGUGCUCUCUACGCCACCUCCAUGUCCCCUCCUGUGGCCCAGCAGAUAAUCACCUCCAUGAAGAUCAUUAUGGGAGAAGAUGGAACCACGCUGGGAGCCGAUCGCCUCAAACAGCUUUCAGAGAACACCAACUACUUCCGCAGAAGACUCCGCGAGAUGGGUUUCAUCAUCUACGGCAACGAUGACUCGCCCGUUGUGCCCCUGAUGCUGUACAUGCCUGCCAAAAUCGGGGCUUUCGGCAGAGAGAUGUUGAAGAGGAACAUUGGCACCGUGGUUGUCGGCUUCCCAGCGACGCCUAUCAUCGAGUCAAGAGCACGCUUCUGUGUUUCAGCUGCUCACACCAGAGAAAUGCUCGAUACAGCACUGGAGGCCAUUAGUGAAGUGGGCGACCUGCUGCAGCUGAAGUACUCCAGACGGGAACAAGCUCUUUCCUCUCUGGGAUGGAUGGCUGAAGAGAGCCUUCUCCAGGACUGAACCAGCUCCGUCUGUCCUCCUUCACCCUCACUGUACACCACAUCCCUUUUUUAUAUAUCCGUUAGUCUAAUAACACUUCCUCGUACCUCGUUUUUGCUUUGAGCCAGUCUCGCCACUCGGCUGCUCUGUAGCUUCUUCUACGAGACGCUCGCGCACUGCAGUCUGUGACCUGUCCCGCUUAUUCAGCCUCACCAAAAUCGACAACGCAUCCAAGGCUGCAAACUGCUCCCACAGCUUUUUUUUUUCUCACUUGCUCUCACGUCAUGUCUUAAUCCUGAACGCACAGUGAAUAUAUGUUUUAUUUGUGCAAUAUAAAAAGAAAAAAAAAGUUGAGAUUUCAAGAAGGCUUUAGCAAAGUAGGCAGAGGUGUAUUUUGAGCACUUGUAGGGGGGAGGGGGGGUCCUGAUCUCAGACUAUUGUAUGUGGAAAACAUGAUGUAUGUAAAUAUUAUUUAUCACAAUGGUUGUAAUUCUGCCCUAUAGGGGUAGCACCCAGACCUCAAAGACAAGCGUGUUAUUUCGCACAUGAUCCCCGUGUUGCUGAUCUGAUUGCUCCCCACCGGUCACCUCUUUAUGCAGAGUCUUUUUUUAUUUGUUUCCCUAACCAAAGGUUGCAUAUGUAUAGAUAUAUUUUCUACCAUUUUUCUUGAAAUGCAAAGCAGAUGUUUCCAAAAGAAAAGAAAAAAAAGAACACACACACAGAGAACGGGGCGGAAAAAGAAAAUCCAGGGAACAAGACUGACAGAUAUUUUUUUACUGCUCAUUUUCUAUUAAUAGUCUGCGGCCUAUUUUACUGUUUACACCUGCACUCAAACGUUUGAGCCUAGUGUCUUUAACAUUUCUCUAAGGCGAUGAGCUACAUGUGGUGAUUUGUAUGUUUUUGUUUUUUUUUGUUUUCCAUUUCUGCUCACUGAAGUGCUUUUACGCGAACGGCUGAUCAGAGCAUGACGACACGCUGUAACUUCAAUCUGUAUGCAUGACGAUGCUGCUUCCCAACUCAUCCGAUGUACAGAGCAAUUUAUUUAUUUAAAAAAAAAAGUUAUUAUCUUUUUGUCUGUUUUUUUUUUUUUUAAAAGGCAGCUCUAAAAUGUGCUACAGUUGAGAGGAUAUAUAUUUUAAUCAGUUACAUGUAUUAACAUUCGCACUCUACCGCUGAGAGGCGUUUUUAAAUGCCUGAAUGACGCUGGUAGGAACGUUUAUCUAUCUAUAAAUAUAUAUGCAUACUCUGAAUGUUUUUUUUAUUUAUUUUUUUUUCACCAUGAUUUAAAUUUUAUGUUGAUCCUCUGAAAACAGCAUUGCAUAGUCGCCUUGCUUUCAGUCUGUAGUUGUAGUUUUGGUCUCAGUUUUUUUUCGGUACACUGUCCACUGUCCAGCAUUUCUUUGUGUUUUCAUGUUCCAUAACUACUGAUUUCAACUUAAGGGGGCGGUUGUUGGUCAGACAGUCGUGUAUUGUUUGCCAAUGUGUCCGUUAAUGCCGAUAAAACUCUACAAACAUCAAA